CACGAAUGUCACGACGAGACAUCCAGAGGGUCUACACGUUGGGACAAUGCCAUCAUAUUCACACUCAGAUUGCUCGUAUUGACGAUGUGUCUGUUGAUCGGAAACAGAUCAUCACAAGAGUCGCCCGGUGAAAGUGUGCGGACAAACGUCGGGCAAAUGGGCGACAAUGACCGGCGAAAUCGUGUUCACAUCACACACAUGAUCUCGACCCUCUUCGGGGGUCAUCUUCCAUCUUGACAGCUAUAUAAGGGGGCAAGUAUCACAGUACAUACACACUCACUGACAGCUGAUCAGGCGAACACCUUGUGAUCAAGUCGUAUCACACAUCAAAAGCCUCGAUCGACUCUGCUCCCAUACCACAGAACAACCCACGAAAUGGAGACCACGACUCCCAUAUCCGCCAACUGGUCUUAUACCCAGCUCACACCUACCAGGGUACCGGACGGUGCCAAGCCGAGUACGGUCGCUCAACAGGAAAAGGAAUGGCACUCGGUGCACAAGUUUCCUACUGGGGUUCACGUCGAGUUGAUGCAGAGGAAAGAGAUUCCUGAUCACUGCAAGGGCUUGAACGAGUGGGACAUCCAGUGGAUCGGAGAGUCCGACUGGCGCUUCAAGACAACGUUUGAGAUCACGGAAGAGCAGAGCAAGCAAGACAAUGUCGAUAUCGUAUUCGAAGGUCUCGACACGUUCUGUCAUGUCGAAAUCGACGGCAAAGAGGUACUUUACGCUUCGAACAUGUUCCAGACCUACCGUAUCCCCGUCAAAGAGUUCGGCAAGGGAGAACACAGCCUGACGCUCACCUUCCCUUCGGCUUGGUACGAAGCCAAGAGGAUCGAGGCCGCGGAGAUGGAGAAGAACUUGCCUGAGAACAAGGAUCCCUUGACGGGCGAACAGAAGAAGCUCUCGUUCUGGAACGGAAACUCUUCCAGGCUAUACGUGCGAAAGGCGCAAUAUGGCUGGGGUUGGGAUUGGGGUCCAGUGGUCAUGACGGUCGGACCUUGGAAGCCCAUCUACAUCCAUGCCUACACUGCCAAGAUCACAGGUAACCGUAUCGAUACCAUCCUCGACUCUUCACACAAGACCGCCAAACUGCGUUCCAAGGUCCAGGUUUCUCACGCCUUGAAAGACUCGAGCGUCACCUUGACUCUGUCGGAUACUUCCGGCAAAUCUAUCAAGACCCAAACGAUAAAGCUGAACGAUAAUGGCGAGGCUGAGGUCGAGUGGGAUUUUACUGUCGGUGAAGACGUCCAGCUCUGGUGGCCCGUUGGACAAGGCAAACAGCCGCUCUACAAUGUCUCUGCGGAAUUGAUACUUCAGGACGGAACGUCGAUCUCCAAGAGAGAAGACAGGAUCGGUUUCAGGACGAUCAAGGUCGUCCAGGAGAGUCUCAUCGACGCUCCUGGAAGCAGCUUCCUUUUCGAGGUCAACGGUCGAAGGGUGUUCUGUGGAGGAUCCAACUGGAUCCCAGCGGACAACCAUCUCACCGAAUGUACGGAGGAACGAUACCGCGCGUGGCUGCAGCUCAUGGUAGACGGCAACCAGAACAUGGUCCGGGUCUGGGGAGGCGGAGUGUACGAGUUUGACUACUUUUACGACAUUUGCGACGAACUCGGUCUGCUGGUCUGGCAGGAUUUCAUGUUCGGCUGUGGGCAGUAUCCCGCCAACAAGCAGUUCUUGGAGUCAGUGCAGGUCGAAGCGGAGCAGGCUGUUCAAGCUUUGCGAAACCACGCGAGUCUUGCGAUCUUCGCUGGUAACAACGAAGACUAUCAAUUGCUCGAGUCGAUCGGCGUCGUUGUCGAUUAUGACGACAAGACGUCAGACUUUACCAAGACCAACUUCCCUGCUCGUCACAUUUACGAGAAGCUCUUGCCAGACGUGGUCAGCUCUCUCUGCGAGACCUAUUAUCACCCGUCUAGCCCGUUCGGUGGCCAAACCAGUGGCGACAAGACGGUCGGAGACCUCCACCAGUGGAAUGUCUGGCACGGCUCGCAAGAACCUUGGCACAACUGGGACAUUCUCGCCGGUCGUUUCGUCUCAGAAUUCGGUAUGGAAGGAUACCCGGACAUCAGGACUGUCGAUUACUGGUUAGACGGCAAUGAGAAGGAGCGCUUCCCUCAGUCACGAACCAACUGCUCGCACAACAAGGCUGAUGGUUUCGAGCGCCGAUUGGAGCUAUAUUUGAUGGAGAACUUCCGUCAUGCCUUUGACAUGGAGAGUUAUGUGUACUAUACUCAGGUAAUGCAAGCCGAAACAUUGGCAGCCGCUUACAGGCUCUGGCGACGAAACUGGAAGGGCAAGGGCAAGGAGUUGACUUCCGGAGCGCUUGUUUGGCAGAUCAAUGACUGUUGGCCGACGACGAGUUGGGCCAUCGUCGACUACUUUAUGCGACCGAAACCAGCUUUCUUUGCCAUCGCAAGGGAACUUCGGCCGUUCACGGUCGGCAUGGCUCGAAAAGAUGUCAAGACGUUGGACAACCCGAGUUCGGACGCGUACUUUAAGAUCGAGCAAAGCCUCGAGAUCUGGGGAAACAACUCGUCGGUCGAGGAGAAAAAGGCCACGCUCGAGGUCGUCUCUUUCGACCUGGAAGAAGGCAAGGUCGUCGAUUCCAAGUCAACCGAGGUCGUGCUCGCGCCCAACGCAUCCACAGAGUUCUUCAAGGGCACUGUCGCGGGACAGCCUACCAGAACGCUGGCUUCGCAAUUGCCCAAGAUUAUCGUCGUAGGCGCGAGGUUGAUCGAUCAAGACGGAACGGUACUCGCUCGAUACGCAAACUGGCCUGAGCCCUGGAAGUACAUUCAAUUCCCUGAAGUCGGGUUGAACAUCAAGACUGGCGACGAUGGCGAGACCUUGACGCUGUCUUGUAAACGACCCAUCAAGGGAGUCAUCCUGGACGUCGAAGACCGCAGCACCGAUGCCAAAGACGGUGAGGUAAAGUGGUCCGACCAGGCCAUCGAUAUGAUGCCAGGGGACGACCAAGUGGUCAUCGCAAAGGGCCUGAAGGGCAGAAAGGUCAAGGCUAGGUAUCUCGGAGAUGGUUCCGCAUGAAGGAUCGGUAUUCAUCAAAAAGUGUUGUAGGAAAUAGGCGUUUGCGGAAUGGCGGAGUGAAAGCAUGAU